CUCGCUUUUUUGUAGUCUUGCUCUCGGGUAAGUUUGUAUAGGGAGCCUCUGCAGGUAUAACAUUGUUACUUUUAGGGGAAAAUGUUCUGCAAUAUAUAAUCACCUAUAUAUUGAUAUUGUAUAUUGACAUUGUGCAAUUCAUAGCAUAAAGGCUUUUUGACUUUUUUCUUUUCUUUUCUUCAAGUAGAUAUUUAUUAAAACGAAUGCGUUUCCCUUCAGCACCAGCAUGGGGUCCAAACAGGUUCUUUGCCUCAUAGGCGUAUUAGUGCUGUCAUUAACAGCUACUGCGCAGACAACAACGGCUCCACAAUUAUCCACUACCUCCACUCCUCAGCCAACCACUACAACUCCUCAGCCAACCACUACAACUCCUCAGCCAACCACUACAACUCCUCAGCCAACCACUACAACUCCUCAGCCAACCACUACGACUCCUCAGCCAACCACUACAACUCCUCAGCCAACCACUACAACUCCUCAGCCAACUACUACAACUCCUCAGCCAAUCACUACAACUCCUCAGCCAACCACUACAACUCCUCAGCCAACCACUACAACUCCUCAGCCAACCACUACAACUCCUCAGCCAACCACUACAACUCCUCAGCCAACCACUACAACUCCUCAGCCAACCACUACAACUCCUCAGCCAACCACUACAACUCCUCAGCCAACCACUACAACUCCUCAGCCAACCACUACAACUCCUCAGCCAACCACUACAACUCCUCAGCCAACCACUACAACUCCACAGCCAACCACUACAACUCCUCAGCCAACCACUACAACUGCUCAGCCAACCACUACAACUGCUCAGCCAACCGCUACAACUGCACAGCCAACCGCUACAACCGCACAGCCAACGACUACUCAACAAACCACUGCUGCACCAGACACCACUACAGCAAAACCAGCCACUACAACUGCUGCCCAAUCAGCCACCACCAAAAUCUACACCGAUCCACCUCUGCUGGACAUCUGUUUGGAUCCCACUAAUCCAGCAGAAAAUGAGGUGUGGCUGACUACGGGAAGCACUGACAGUUUCACUUCUCCAAACUAUCCUUCAAAUUACGGAAGUGGAGACGAUAAGGAAUGGGUGUUUUGUGCCGUUAAUUCAGCAGACAGGAUAAUGAUCACCUGCAGCGACUUCCAGGUCGGAGGCUUCUUCUUUGGCUGCACGGAUGACACAUUGCUUAUCACCAACACCGAGGCAUCCAUCAGUGAAUAUUGCACGACGGACGGACCGCAGCUCGUAAAGACAACUUCACGAGGAACCAAAGUCACCUUCACGACCUCGACGCCAGGUCUUUAUAAGGGCUUUACCUGCACUGCCCAAGCGGUGAGGGAAACAGACUGCAAAAGCGUCACCAAUCGUUACGAGUUGUUAGUGAAUGGUAUCAGUGAGACCUCCACCCGAACCAUCCAGUUAAAAAGCAAGUUUAUUGCACGGAUUGACGCCACUCUACUGCCUGUGCGAGAGGCACUAAACCUGGCACAGGAGCCGCGGUCCUUUCGUCGAGAGAACGUGUACCUCUCGGCUGACUCCGGCAUGGCACCCAGAACGUUACAACAACUCCUGUUUGCUGUCCUGAUAGCCCUUGUAUCUCACGCAUCCGUUGUCGUUGGGCAGAUAUGCAGUGGUGUAGACCCAUUUCUCUCCAGUAAUUUGGUUGUAGUCGGUCAUAGUCAUAUCUGUUAG